AUGUCCAAUCCAAUUCUACUAGGGGCCUACCCUGGUCACAGCCAAGAGCUUCAUCCUCCUCCGUCUGCACCACCAUCCGCUCACUCCGAUGCACCAUUCGUCAACUCAGAGAAAUGCGAGAAGCACUACCCACUGAGCUUCCGCGAGCGUCUCCGUCAUUUCACAUGGGCAUGGUAUACCCUCACCAUGAGCGCCGGAGGCCUAGCCCUCCUCAUAGCGAACCAGCCGAACAAAUUCAAAGGUUGCCGCGAGAUCGGUCUAGCCAUCUACUUCUUCAACCUCGUCCUCUUUUCACUCGUCUGCUCUCUCAUGGCAUCGCGAUUCAUCAUCCACGGCGGAGCCCUCAACUCCCUCCGCCAUGAACGCGAAGGCCUCUUCUUCCCAACCUUCUGGCUCUCCAUCGCAACAAUGAUCACCGGACUAGAAAAGUACUUCGGUGACAACCCUGCCCCACCCUUCACAACAACCCUCGAGGUCCUCUUCUGGCUAUACUGCUUCUGCACCUUCACUCUCGCCGUCGUACAAUACUCCUUCGUCUUCACCUCGCACACCUACCGCCUCCAAACAAUGAUGCCCUCGUGGAUCCUACCCGCGUUCCCAAUCAUGCUCAGCGGCACGAUCGCAUCCGUCAUCUCCUCCCGCCAGCCCGAGCGCGCAGCAAUCCCAAUCGUCACCGCCGGAAUGACCUUCCAGGGUCUGGGCUUCUGCAUCUCGUUCAUGAUGUACUCGCACUACAUUGGACGGUUGAUGGAGAGUGGACUUCCGUGUCGGGAACACAGACCGGCGAUGUUCAUCUGCGUUGGACCUCCAGCGUUCACGGCGCUUGCUCUGGUUGGUAUGGCGCAGGGACUUCCCGAGACGUUCCGCGUGAUGGGGAGCGAGGAUACUGCUGCUGAUGGACGGAUGUUGGAGAUUCUGGCGUUGGCGGCGGGCGCGUUCUUGUGGGCGCUGAGCUUUUGGUUCUUCUGUGUUGCUGCUAUUGCGGUUAUUCGGUCGCCGCCGACGAGUUUCCAUCUUAGCUGGUGGGCGAUGGUUUUCCCUAAUACGGGAUUCACAAUUGCUACGAUCACGCUUGGAAAUGCCUUUGAUAGCUCGGCGAUUAGGGGUGUUGGCUCUGCGAUGACGAUCUGCAUUGUCUGCAUGUUCAUCUUUGUCUUUGUCAAUCAUGGGCUUGCGGUCUAUCGUCAGGAUAUUAUGUAUCCUGGUAAGGAUGAGGAUACCUCAGACUGA